GUAUCCCGGCGUAAGACCGAAGGUGGCAUAGAGGGCCACGGGAUCCUAUGGCUCUGCCUAAGGCACCGAGUAUCCUGGGCUUACCAAACAGCAUCUUUGAGGUCAUGUUUGGUAUGAUGCGCCAGACAGUCCACUGGCUAUGGAGAGAAAAUAUGAUUCUGAAGUUGGCUGAUUUAUCUCCAUGGAUGUAUAGAGAUGAAGUAGGCGUUAUAUAUUUGGUAAUCGCGGGAGGCUAUGGGUUGGAAAAUACGAGAUAUCCAUGUAGUAGCACUAAAGCAUACCCUGCAAUCACUCCUCCUGUAUAGAUUAAUAGAAAUAAUUCGAUAAUUGACACAGCAGUGACUAUUGUAAACAAGUAGAUAUCUAUCAACCAUGAAGAAACAAAGCCAGGCGGUGGAGCGUAUUGACAAUCGGGGCGGAGGGAUGAUGACCCGAGGCGCCAAGAGUUUUGUCCGCGGUGGACGGUGGACUCGCAAUCAUCAGAGGAUCCUCCAUCUAUGUCAUCCCAGAUUAGUUCCAUCUCACGCAGGAUCUGGUCUCGUCUGCAUUGGAACGCCCUCUAGAUUUCUGCCUCUGCACACCAUCCCCAAACAAGAUGGCGUCCCAGCUUCUGCCCCUCGAGUUGAUCGACAAGUGCGUUGGAUCGAGGAUCUGGGUGAUCAUGAAGAAUGACAAGGAAUUUGCCGGUACUUUGUUGGGCUUUGAUGACUACGUCAACAUGGUAUUGGAAGAUGUGACGGAAUUUGAUUACUCUGGCGCUCAGGUUAAGCUGCCCAAGAUCCUGCUUAAUGGCAACAACGUCUGCAUGUUGAUCCCGGGUGGGGAAGGCCCCGUUGGUGGUUCCUAAUUGAUGAUAUCCUCGUUCUUCUGCCAAACACAAAAACCAAAAAUUAAAAAAAAGGAAGAAAAAAGAAUAAUCUCUGCAUACGACCGUUAAGUAAUGUCACAUAGAACUCUUGUAAGGCGAAAAAGACCAGACUUGUCCAAACACCCUAUUGCUCUUCUUCCUUUGCUUUCCCCAGGUCAUGAGGACUGGAGUGGGACCAGCAAGACCAAUCGACGCCCGGAGGUGGGAUUGGAAAUUGAUCUGGCCGAGAUGGAAAGCCACGCAAGGUAACCUUGUUGCUGCACGGAAGGGAUGAAGCUGCGAAACGUACGCCACUGACAUGUUAUACCACCGAACUCUCCUACGUCGUACACGGAGAUUAUAUUUGAUUUUGGUGGUGUGCCAGGGAACCUCCCAGCCUCUUUCGAUCGACCAUGACUAGGUUCAUGAUUUCACAAUUCAGUCAUGGUGGCCAUGAUGGAUUCUGGGGGUAGCAGACCGGGUGUCGGAGGAUUCAAGCCCUGUCC